UCCCAAUUCUAACAACUUCCCCUACUCUUCCAUCUACCCUCACAUAAACAAAAAAAAACUCCCAAAACAAGAAAGAUCAAUUGAAUUGAGAGAAAGAUCCAAUCUUGAUAAUCUCAACAUGAGAAACUCAGAGAUUGAAGACAUGGAGGGUUCAAAGAGCCAGAAUCAGAUUGGUGAUCAAGAAAACGAGAGAGACGAAGACGAAGAUGGAAGCAACAGCAAGGCCAUGAAUGGGAACAGCUCAAGCAACAGCACAGUUGAGGAGAACAAUGGGAAGAAGGCUAGUUCCGGAUCUGUGAGGCAGUAUGUCAGAUCGAAGACUCCACGCCUCCGGUGGACCCCGGACCUCCACCUCUGCUUCGCCCACGCCGUGGAGAGGCUUGGUGGAGAAGAAAAAGCAACGCCGAAAUUGGUGCUGCAAUUAAUGAAUGUUAAAGGGCUAAGCAUUGCUCAUGUCAAGAGCCAUCUUCAGAUGUAUAGGAGCAAGAAGAUUGAUGAUCCCUAUGAAGUGAUUUCACAACAAAGAUCUCUAAUUGAUGCUGGAGAUAGACAUAUCUAUAACCUCAGCCAGCUUCCAAUGCUUCAAACCUUCAAUAAUCAGAGCUUGAGGUAUAGAGAUGUCAUCCCGGGCAGCUCAAUAACCACUAGCUGGGCAGCACCACACAUGGCCAGAAAUGGACUAUAUGAGCCAUCACCAAAUUCAUACUUAUCAAGAAAUUCUUGGAAAUUUCUUGAUCAAAAACACUUGAUGAUCAAUCAAAGAUUCUGGCAAACUCCAACAACAAACUUCUACCAAGAAAGAGGGGCGCUCGAGCAAGCCACAUCGAAGCGAAAGCACCUCGAUCUCGACCUCACUCUCUCCCUAAAGACGAAUGUGAAGAAAGCGAAGACGACGGAUGACCAUGAGGAGGUCGACAGCAGCUUGUCGCUCUCGUUGUUUUCGCCCUCGAAGGAGGUGGUUGCGAGGAAGGAGCGAGAUGAGGUGGCUUCUUUAGAUCUGAGUUUGUGAAUGGGACAAUUUUCUGAGUGAGAUUUUUUUUCAAGAAGUUUGUUUGUUUCUUGAUUCUUGAAUUGUAUGCAGAGAUUAAAAAAAUAACUAUUUUAGUGUACAGAUUAAUUGUUCUCAUCUGAAUUGGACAGCUAAAAUUAAUCAAGAAAGUGUGUAAUCUUUGUGUUGGGAGAUGUGAGGGUAUUAAAGAAUUUGAGCAAUGUGCA